CGUCCGGGAACGCCCGAGCCCAGGGGCGGUGGCGCCCCGGAACCCCCGCGGCCCGCCCGGCACCGGGGAGGGGGGAGCGCCCCGGCCGGGCCGCGGGUGGCUGGCAGGGCAAGAGGGACAGCCCUACGGGUUGACUCCUAGGAGCGGCUGCCGUGAAUGGUAAUUGGAUCCUACAGUUAGGAGGACUCUAAGCUGUGAAUUUUAAGCACGCUGUUAUCUGUGUUGUGGCCUGAAUUAAAUUUCUAAGGAAUUGCAAUAAUGCUGCUGCAUUUCUGGGGUUUGGUGCUUUUCCUGCCACUGGUUGUUCUCUUGAGGCCUAAAUGCUCCAAGUAAGAUCAAUAGAGGAACAUGUUCAUUUCUCCCUGCUGGCAACAACAGUAUGCUUCCAAAGGAGAAAUCUGAAUAUUCUUGGAAAGUAAGCUCUAUGGGAUGGAACAUGAGGCUACCCAGCUAGAAAAGCAGCAUGUGCACAGUGUGUAUGAAAAUACAGCUGCCUACUUUAGUGAUCUGCAGACCAAAGCAUGGCCUCGUGUUCGGAACUUUCUGCUGGAACAAAAGCCUGGCAGUCUCGUGGUUGAUAUAGGUUGUGGAACUGGAAAGUAUCUCAGUGUCAACAGUCAAGUGUAUAAUCUGGGCUGUGAUUACUGUGAAGGACUGGUAGAAAUUGCAAGGAAGAAAGGUGAUGAAGUUCUGGUGUGUGACAACCUUAACCUUCCCUUUAGGGAUCAGUGCUUCAAUGCAGUCAUUUCGAUUGGAGUGAUACAUCAUUUCUCAACUAAACAAAGGAGAAUCAAAGCAAUAAAGGAAAUGGCAAGGAUAUUGACACCUGGAGGCCAAAUAAUGAUUUAUGUUUGGGCUAUGGAACAAAAGAAUCGUCGCUUUGAGAAACAAGAUGUAUUUGUCCCAUGGAACAAGGCCUUGUGCUCGCGCCAUUUUUCAGAAUCAAAUCAAUCUGGAGAGAAGGGUGACUUUGUCCAUAGUGCAAAAGGCCAAGACAUACACCCUGCACAGCUUGUCAUCUCUGAGUGCAGCUACCAAAACAAUCUGCAGCCAGAAGCGGAUUCAAAACAUCCCCGCGAUAUGGACCACUGCUUACCCAGAGCCUGCUGCAUGAAAAUUUCUGAGGAAGAAAACAGAUUUUACAGUGCUCUAGGAAGAUCUUUUCGCUCAUGGUUUUUCUCCAGAUCCCUUGAUGAAUCAGCCCUGAGAAAGCAAAGUGACAAAAUGAAGCACCUGAAACAUGAAGGAGCGUGGGCCAACAGUGCCGUACCCAUUCAGCAUUCACGGCACUGCAGCUUGGAUUUAGGUCACCAUGGGGCUCUGUUAAAUGAACAGAACUUAGAUGAUGAUGAUGAUGUGUUUGUGGAAAGCCUGUCUCUCAAAAAGCCACAGUGGUCACCAGCCACAGAUGCACUGAAGGAUUUAAAUUUAAAUGGAGGAUGCCAAAGUGUAGCUCAGAGCAAGGGGGACAAAGCUUCAUUUAUAAAUGGCCCAGUGGAAGACAAGGACUGCAUCUGUGAUUGUAAUAAAGAUGGUGCUGGUAAGUCUGAUGCCAGCAAGUUUUUCAAAAGAACUUCAACAACUGACUCCACUGACUCAGCUUUGGAUUCAGCAGUGUCUGUUGGGGACCAGACUGAUGCCAUGCUGGAUACAAAGGCCUUCAUGCGUUAUUACCAUGUUUUUCGGGAAGGAGAGCUGAGUUCUCUGGUAGAAGAGAAUGUGCCUGAGCUUCAGAUACUUUCUUCCUGCUAUGACCAUGGAAACUGGUGCAUUAUUGCAGAGAGAACAGGAACAUAGCUAUAAAGAGAACAAAGCAGAAUCCAGUGACUGAGGAUUUUAAGCUCUUCCUUGUGUUACUGUGAUUGUGCAGUGUGACAUGGAAUUUGAAUCUUGUAGUUGUGUGCCAUUCAUUUUUGAGUUAUUAUCUCUUAACUAUUUAACUAGCUAAUGCAAGCUCUGUAUAUAGGAAUGUUAAGUGGUAGACAAUAUUUAUGUUUUGUUAAACUUUUAUGAAGUUAAAACUGUAGAGUUUUAUAUUGCUGUUAGCAAAUAAUUGUGUUUUAAAAUAUACUUUUCUAUUGAGAAAUAAACCUUUUUAUAAAACAAGGAUCAGGGCAUCUUUUAUGAGAAAUAUCCUCUCAGUAGAAAGUCUAGUCUUUGUUCUUCAGAUGCCAGAAGUUUGUCACAUUGCUCCCUAUUCUUGAACUCCUAUAAAUGAGACAUAGACACUUUGUCUAAAAUUGCACUUGACUGUACACUGGUAGAGUGCAUGCUGCAGAACUGGGAGCAAGCAUGGUCCCAGUGCUCCUUAGUUGGGAGUAGAGUUAUUAAUGGGCAAAAAACUGUGUACCAAACAAGCUCUGCAUAUUCUGUCAUUUGAUGUUUGUAUUUGGGAGCAAAUGACAGCACAGAUUGAGGACAGUAUUUUUUACUUUUGUUUUAAAAAUAAUUUAAUUUGUUUCUCAGGUGCAGGUGAAGUUUUAUGUGUUAGCUCUCACAAAUACUAUAUCUUAAUUUCCUUUGCUGUAGUUUUUCAUUGUCUAUGUGUAUAUAAAAGUCAGAGGAAUUUGUGAGAGUGUGAGUAUUAUGUAAAGUUCUAAAAAAUCAAAUCCUUGAAAUACAUAUAUCUUUUUGAUAAGUCUGGGAAGCUAAGAUUAAAUUAAUAAAAAUGCAGUGCAUA